GGCGAAGUAGCUGUCCGUACUUUAUUUACGGAAUUCACGUCGGCUGCUCAACGUAAAAUUGAGCAAGUUAUGGCUGAACCUCUUGAGCAACUACUAUCAAAGUCAUUACAGAGAGGUGAAGAUCCUGAAUUCGAUCAGCUUCUGGUAUCACUUAAUGCAGUAGCUGAACAUUGCUUGCCAUCUUUAACUAAAACAUUGCUUGAAUGGUAUAUUAGACAGAAUGGCAUGGAAUUAGAUUGUUCCUUGGAUAAUUUAUCGCCAAGAGUUAAAAAUUUAUUUGAACUGAAUAAGAUCAAUGCUAGAGACAGAAUAAGAGAUGUUUUGAUGGAGCGUCGAGAUCUGGCAGUUGAUUUUUUGUUCUGUCUAGUCCUAAUUGAAAUUAUUAAAAAGCUACCUGAUUGUCCUGUACCGGAUCAUUUGUUGCAACUUAUAGAGGAUUUAGCUUUCAAGCACUUUAAAGAAAGAAAGAGCUACAAUUCAUCUGAAAGCCAGCAUAAUGGCCAGCUUAUUGCGGACCUGUAUGCAGAAGUACUUGGAGUUCUAUCUCAUGGAAGAGCUCAAGGCGUUCGUAAACGCUUUUUGAAAGAACUGAAAGGCGAUCAACCAUAUGAUGUAACUGUUAGCGUUGUUAUGGGAAUGCGAUUUUGCUCUCUAAAGAUGUUUCCCGUUGAGGAAUUAGAAGCGUCAUUUCACUUUAUGCAAGAUUGUGCUGCAUUCUUUAAUGAAGCCAGAAAUCGUGAUGUUCGUCACGCUAUGGCUGCCAUGAUGGUGGAACUUUUAGUGCCUGUUGCUGGUAUGGCAAAGCGAGAAGUUAAUGUACCGGCAAUGAAGAACUUUGUUGAAAUGCUAUACUUUAAUGCCUUGGACCUAGCCAAGAAAAGUAGGCAUGUGUCUGUAAUAUUUCCUCUUGUAACAGUGUUGCUAUGUAUCAGCCAAAAAUCAUUUUUCUUGUCAAAUUGGGGAGCCUUCUUGACUAUGUGCCUAGCAAAUUUAAAGCACAAAGUUGUUACUACUCAACGGAUUGCCUUGGAAUCGCUGUAUAGAUCCAUUUGGGUUUACAUGAUUCGUAUCAAUGGAGAGGAUAAUAACAAUACAAAUAGUCGCCUUAGAACUAUUAUGGAAGCACUGUUUCCACGAGGUUCUAGAAAUGCUGUGCCGCGGAACAUGCCUUUAAACAUAUACGUUCGAAUUAUUCAAUUUAUAGCUCAGGAAAAAUUAGAUUUUGCCUUUAAAGAAAUUAUAUCUGAUCUAUUGGGAGUUAAUAAAAUUUCGAAACAAUUCGUUAUCAACCCGGAACGAAUGACAAUUGGUUUGAGAGCUUUUCUAGUUAUUGCGGAUCAGUUAGAGCAAAAGGAUGAUCCACCGCCAAUGCCUAGUACAAUUGGUAUGUUACCAUCUGGGAAUCUACUAAGAACGAAGAAAUCGUAUUUAAAUACUACUUUAACUGAAACUGGUGCGAAAGAGCUUGGCAUUGGACCAUACUACUAUGGUAUUAGAAAAGCCCUUGAUUGCAUCUUACGUGCACUAGAUGCACAAAUUGGUAGAUCAAUGUCUAUGAUCAACGGUCAGCUUCUUCACAAAGAAGUUGACGAUUUAAUAAGCGAAGGUAAAGCUAAAAUUGAACUAUUUCGCACCUGUGUUGCAGCAAUUCCGAGAUGCUUACCGGAAGGUAUGACGAAGCUGGAACUGGUAAACAUGCUUUCAACAUUGUCUGUCCACGUAGAUAAUGAAUUGCGAAGCUUUGCAAUAUCCUCUCUUCAAACAUUGCUAUUGCAUUUUCCUGAUUGGACUGAAAUUGUCUUUAAAGGAUUUGUCAAUUUUAUCGCGAAAGAAGUUCCUGCUACAAAUACUGAAAUUGUGCAUAAUAGCCUACGGUUGUUGUAUCAACUACUUACAAACUGGAAAUCAACCGUGUUUUCGCAGGACGAUCAUGUAUGUAGUCAAACCACGUAUAAUGGAGCUGUUAAUAGAAGAUUAGCAAGUUUACUUCUUGUUAUCUUUUAUAGAAGUAUGAUAAGGUCAAGUACCUUGCUGAAGAACAUUCCAAAAGUGCAUUCGAACAUGUUUUUCAUUGUAUUGAAGGUUUGGCUUUGGUAA